AGUGCUGGCGGGGCCGGGGAAGAGACCUCGCUGCUGCUACUUGCCCAUCAGCCUGGGGAAAAUGUUCCGCCUCUUCAGUCAAACCAGGCGCUGUUUGCAAGUGAAGCGAGCGCUGAAGAGGCAGGAGUGGCCUCUUCGGCCAGCACACCUCACAGCUGCCGCACAGCAGGCCAGUUUCUCCACUGCUUCUGUGGAGCACUUGUCUCGGUCGGAUUCAUGGCCAAAGGACGUGGGGAUUCUCGCGCUGGAGGUUUACUUCCCUUCACAGUACGUAGAACAAGUGGAGCUGGAGAAGUAUGAUGGUGUGGAAGCCGGGAAGUACACCCUGGGCCUGGGCCAGAAGCAGAUGGGCUUCUGCUCGGCCCACGAGGACAUUAACUCCCUGUGCCUGACUGUGGUGCAGCGCCUUGUGGAACGCAGCCGCCUCUCCUGGGACUCCAUUGGACGGCUGGAGGUCGGCACAGAGACCAUCAUUGACAAGUCCAAGGCCGUCAAGACUGUCCUAAUGCAGCUCUUCCAGGACUCGGGGAACACGGACGUUGAAGGCAUCGACACCACCAACGCCUGCUAUGGAGGCACAGCCUCCCUCUUCAACUCUGCUGACUGGGUGGAGUCCAGCUCCUGGGACGGGCGCUAUGCAGUGGUGGUCUGUGGUGACAUUGCAGUCUAUGCCACUGGCAAUGCCCGUCCCACAGGAGGGGCAGGAGCUGUAGCGAUGCUGGUUGGACCAGAGGCCCCCCUGGUGCUAGAGAGAGGUGUUCGGGGAACCCACAUGGAACAUGUAUAUGAUUUCUACAAACCAGACCUGGCUUCAGAGUAUCCCAUGGUGGAUGGGAAACUCUCUAUCCAGUGCUAUUUCCGGGCCCUGGAUCAAUGCUAUUCUAUCUACCGCAAGAAAAUCCAGAGCCAAUGGCAGAAAGUGGGGGUGGACAAACCUUUUACCCUGGAAGACUUCCAGUUCAUGAUCUUCCACACGCCCUUCUGCAAACUGGUGCAGAAGUCUGUGGGGCGAAUGAUGCUCAACGACUUCCUAGCAGCUCCCAACCCCGACACACAGAGCGGCCUCUACAAAGGGCUGCAGGCCUUCAGGUCCAUAACCACCUUGGCUGAGAGCAAGCCCACCAGUGAAUCUGUGAGUCCCUCUUUUAUCCAGCUGGGACCUCUCAUCUUGUCCUCCUAUAACAGGGGGGUGAAGCUGGAAGACACCUACUCCGACAAGGAUGUGGAGAAGGCCUUUCAGAAAGCUAGCUUGGAAAUGUUCAGCCAGAAAACCAAGCCCUCGCUGCUCCUCUCCUCUCGCAAUGGCAACAUGUACACCCCGUCUAUGUAUGGCUGCCUCGCCUCCCUCCUCGCACAAUACUCUGCUCAGCAGCUGGCUGGCUCCAGGAUUGGGGCCUUCUCCUAUGGCUCGGGAUUGGCUGCAAGCUUGUUUUCCAUGCGUGUCUCGCAGAAUGCUGCCCCGGGUUCCCCCCUGGACAAGCUGCUCUCCAGCCUCUCUGACCUGCAGACUCGCCUGGAUGCCCGGAAGCAGGUCCCCCCAGAGGAGUUUGCAGAGAUCAUGAAGCAGAGAGAGGAAACCCAUCACCUGGUAAGCCACACUCCCCAGGGCUCUAAGGACGACCUGUUCCCUGGCACCUGGUACCUGGAGCGAGUUGAUGACAAACACCGCCGGCAGUAUGCCAGGAGGCCACUCUAGGGGGGACAGGCUGCCAGACCUGCCCAGCCUCGUCAGAGCAGAUCCCAAGGCAAUGGCCAAACCACCAACACAGAGUCCACAGGCUCCCACCGCACCAACUGCAAACACCCUGGCUCCAUUAUCGCAAACGGAAAGACUGGUUGCUUUUCCCAGGGACUGCGUACCUGGCUGAAGGGUCCCAUAGAGCUAAUGCAGCCCUGCGUGCCUGGCUGAGAGCUUCACACCAUUCGACCAUGUCAGUGCCCGGUUUAGGAUGUUCUCUGAUGCCAGGCGCUCAUUCUGUCCCUCCCGUUUGGCACCCCUUUGCUGGAGGAGUACAUUUCUACAGUGGCAGGGUGAUAACCUGGGUGUGUGCGGAUCGCCCCCCCGCCCUUUGGCCAGCUCCAAUAGACUCAAUGGGAGCAAACCACAGGGUGCUAUUGAAAAGAAAUAAAUUCCAUAAGCCUUCAGAGUAAUGCUGAUCUAGGCUGAACAGAGCCAGAGCCUGUCCGCAGGUUUUGUUUGAAAUUCUCCUCUAGGGUGGCUUAAAAUUCAAUAGAUUUUUUUGUUCUCUUCCUUUCUUCAGAGCUUUCCCCUAGCGGCCCUUAGCUCCUCCCUCCAGGGGUGGUGCUAGCUUUCCUUUGGCUGAACUGGCCUACGAAGAAUGGCUCAGACGAUGUCACUUGGCGUAGUGCUGUACUACUUUGUAUUCCAUAUGCUUUUAUAUUGCAUACAGAAAUAAAGCCAUUAUCAAUA